AUGGAAUUUUAUUUAAUAGCAAUCCUUUCCUUGAUAGCAUUGAUGGCCUACUUUUUAAUUUUAAAACCUUUAGUUCCUUUACUAAUAUUAAAGCUACAAUUAGGAGAUAAAGCAAUUUUAAUGUUUUAUCCCAUCUCUGGCUUAUUGGGUGUAUUUACAAAAUCAAUUAAAAAUAAUCAUGAUGUUAUGGAAACAAUGAAUAAAGCUCUUAGAAAAAAUCCUAAAGCAAAAGUUAUUCUAUCUAAUUAUUUUACCACACCUUGUAUCUUGAUAACAGGAUCAGAAUACAUCAAGGAUACAUUCCUAGACCAUAAUGAUUUUGAAAAAAUAAAUCCAUUUAUGCUACCUUCCUUUAUUUAAAGAGGAUUAUUAAUGAUGGAAGGUGAAGAUUGGAAAAGAUAAAGAAAGUUUUUAGGUUCUGCAUUUACAUUUGAAAAAUUAAAAUCAAGAUUACCUAUGAUGAACAAGGUUGUCUAAUCAAUAGCAGAGAAGGAUGAUAAAAAGAAUCUAAAUGAUUUUAUGGCUAGAAUAACUGGAGAAGUAGUUAUUAAAAGCUUUUUUGGUGAAUUAGCUGAAGGAUUAUAAUUAGAAGGUAAAGAUGCAUAAAUAGCACUCAUAUAAUUAACUGGUGAAAUUGGUUUAAUGUAAAUAGAAAAUAUAUACAUUUUUCUAAAAUAAUUAUUAUUUAAAGAAAGAGCAUGGGAUAUUUUUCCUGGUUAAAAGGAGAAAGAUAUAGUAAGAAGAGUAGAGAAUUUAAAAAUGAAAGUUAAGGAAUUAAUUGUAAAAAGAAUUGAAUAAUUAAGGGAAAACCCAAUUCAAGAUGAAGGUAAGAUGGUUUUUCUAGAUUUAUAUGUAACUGAAUACUUAAAAUAAUAAAAAUAAAAAGAGUAAUAGAUAGAAAUUGAAGAAAUACUACAUCAAUUUAUUACUUUAUUCUUUGCUGGCACUGAUACUACAGCCACAACUUCUGGAACUUGUUUAUAUUAUUUAGCAAAAUAUCCAGAGAUAUAAUCUGAAAUCUUAGAAGAAGUAUAAUAAGUUAUUGGAAAUAAUGAUGUUAAUGAAGAGAAUUUGAAUAAGCUUAAUAAAAUUAAUGCUUUGAUUUAAGAAGUUUUUAGAUUGAAGAAUCCAGCAUUUGUUACUCUUUUUAGAACAGUGAAACAAGAUAAAUAGGUUUAAGAGAUUAAACUUAAAAAAGGAUGGGUAAUAGUAUAAAUGUAAAAUGCAAAUAGUAUUUAAGACUCACAUUUUGAUAAUGCUACUGAAUUUAAUUACAAAAGAUGGUUAAACAAAGGAAAUGUUAUUAAAAAUGAUAAUGGUUUUAUUCAUAUUCCUUUUGCAGCAGGGCCAAGAAAUUGUAUUGGAUAACAUAUGGCAUUGAUGGAAGCAAAAAUUAUCAUAGCAUUAAUUGUUAGAAAAUAUAAAAUAUUGUUAAAUCCGGCAGUUGAGUAAAUUAGAUUUGGAGUCAAAUUUUUAUAAUGCGUUGAACCAGACAAUUGUCUUUUAUUUGAAAAAAGAAUAUGAA